AUGGCGGAUCCCACCCGAGCGGCUCAUCUGGUCGAGGAGGAUGCGCUGGCCUCGCGAUCGUUGACGUAUUCGAUUGAGGAUGUGGCACAGAAGAGGCACGAGUUGGAGAGUGACUCUGGAUCGGCUGCACCACGCUACGAUUCGAUCGUACACUCUCGCGGCGCCAAGCCACAUCGUGGCAAGCGCGACGACGAGGACGACGAGGACGACGAGGACGACGAAGAGGACGACGAUCGCGCGUUGGAGGAUGAGAUGGCAUGGCAGAACGAGCAACGGCGACUUUCGCGUGGCGCACACGAGGGUGGCCCCUCUCCAUCGACUUCGACACCGACGCGUGGGACAGGCAGCCACUUCGAUGGCGGCGCUCCUCGCCGGGCACAACCGCUUAGCGCAGCCGAGGCUUCGAGGAGGAGAGUAGAGUGGUGGAGAAGGGCAGCGGUCAAUGCCGUGUUCAUUGCGGCGUGGUCAGUACAUGCGCCCCCUGACCACUUCGAUGCCGAGCCGACGCUCACCGAGAGGUCUAUACUCUCCCGCUCAGGUACUCGUUCUCGUCCGCCAUCUCGGUCUACAGUAUGCUUUUCACUGAGCCAUCUCGAUCCGGAAUCAAAGGGCUGAUAUAAGCUCCAAUCCCCUUCAGACAAGUGGAUGUUUUCCAAAGAGCACUACAACUUGUGCGUUCCUCGUCGUAUGCAAGGCGUCUAGCCUCCUUCCGACGCCUUCGGAGCUGACGCGAUCAUGUCCCACCAAUCGCAGCCCAUAUCCAUUAUUCGUCACAUCUUUCCACAUGUUCGUGCAGUGGUCACUUUCGGCCAUAACACUGAGCAUGGCCACUCGACUGCGAUCCAAAAAUCGACCGGGGCUCAAAGACUUUGGGUGAGUCGGUCCAGGCGCGGCGCCCGAGGUCACGUGCGCUACAUGUCAUUUCGGUCGGUCGGAGCUCACACAAUCCCCGCGGGGCGCUUGCCAUCCAGUACCAAGGUCGUACCGUGUGGAGUUGCCUCGGGCUUGGACAUUGGCUUGUCGAACCUGUCGCUGCGCACCAUCACCCUUUCCUUCUACAGUACGUCACCCUCCCCGAGUCUAAGGCGUUUCUCCCGACUGUCGCUGACAAGUUCUCAACCUCGACACACAGCCAUGUGCAAAUCCUCGAGCUUGGCCUUUGUACUGCUCUUUGCCUUCAUAUUCAGGCUCGAAAAACCGUCGUGGCGACUUGCCGGCAUUAUCACCAUCAUCUCGGGUGGGGUGGUGCUCAUGGUGUCGACCGAGACCCGCUUCGACCCCGCAGGAAUGGUCGAGGUCCUCACCGCCUCGGCAUUGGGCGGGCUGAGAUGGUCGCUCGUUCAGAUCCUCCUCGACAAGGAAUCGCUGGGCAUGUCGAACCCGAUCGCAACGCUGUAUUGGCUCGCACCCAUCAUGGGCUUCGUGCUGGCGACGUGCUCCAUGAUUUUCGACGGGUGGAGGAACGUGUUUGGGAACGAGACCUUUUUCGGCUCGUUUGGCCUCACCGUCAACACGCUCUUUGCGAUGUUGUUACCGGGAUUUCUGGCGUUCGCGAUGAACGUCGCCGAGUUCGGGUGAAUUUGAAUGAAUGCCGUCCCACCAAAGUUGAUGAGAUGCUGACCCCCUAAAUCGUCGCCAGAUUGAUCCAGCGCACUUCGGUCGUCACCCUCUCCGUGGCCGGCAUCUUCAAAGAGGUCGCCAUGAUCUUCCUGUCCAUGUUCGUAUUCCACGACCAGUUGACGCCCAUCAACGUUUCGGGUUUGGUCGUCACCCUGUUCGGUAAGUUUCGGCACGGAUGCCAGUGAAUGUUAGCCUUCGUUCGCAGCUGAGAAGGCAUCACUCCUCGUUGCUCAGGUAUCGCCUUGUACAACUACUUCAAGUACAAACAAUUCACUGACGACCCGUCGUCCGCGAAAGGGCAUGGACAUGGGCACGGCGCGCGCUCGAGCCUACAUUUGGGAGACCACGAUCUGAGCUCGGCCGAUCUAUCGCGCCUCAAUCGGGCGGAGGACGAGGACGUCAUGCUGUUGACCGAGAGGGAGAGAUCAGCUUCGCGGGCGUUAAGGGUCGUGAGUUACUCACAUUCGACGACGUAUCGUUGCGUUUCAGGAAGAGCUGCUGAUCAUCUCUGCUCUCAUGAAAGCAGACCAACGCCUCGGCCGUUUACCUCGAUAACCUACCUCACGAACUGACGCGCGGCUCCCACCACACCCUCGGGUCGAACCCUUCCUCCGCCUCUUCGUCCCGGUCUUCUCUGUCGAUUCCAGCUGGGGACGCGGUUCAUCUGCGGCGAGCGUCGCACGCUUCCAAAACGCAUGAAAUGGAAGAACAUGCGAUCCCGCAUCUCGAGGAACGCGUCAAUGAGGGGGAGGUUUUGCUGGAUUUGGAGCAGGAGGCGAGGGAGUUGGAACGGACGUUAGAAAGAGGAACACCCGAGAGAGAAACGGAAGUACAUGGAGCGGCUCAUAAAGGCUCGGUCGGGGGAGGGGAUGAAGGCUGGGAUUUAUUGAUAGAGGAUCAGCCGGGGGAGGCGAAGCGGUAG